AUGAAAGGGGUUAAUCAGAGGGUCGUGAGGACGGUGACUGCAUUUCUGGCUUGUAUAAUAGUGGUGGGAGUUGUGUACUUUUCUAUUGAUAGAAGACUCCAGGCUUUCUUCACUCCGAUUGUCAUCAGCUCUUUCCGUUCAGAGAUGGACGAUUAUGCAACAGAUCCAGAUAUUAUAAGAUAUUCUCACCUUUUUAAAUCAUCAAGCCCUGUGCUAAUUUACAGUUUCCUCUGUUUCUCGCAGCCUCCUUAUAAUUCAUCAGAUGUUACCGACGAGCUAAAAGUAAGCCUUUCAAAAGCGGCGAACCAGGAGAAAACCGUUAUAAUCACGACUCUGAAUGCAGCGUGGGCGCAGAACAAUAGCAUGGUGGAUUUAUUCCUGAAAAGUUUCCACAUCGGUAACGGAACCGAGGCGUUGUUGAAAAAUUUGUUGAUUGUUGCCGUAGAUGAGAAGGCGCUCAAUCGCUGCCGGGAAAUUCAUCCGCAUUGUUAUCUGAUGAAAACAGAGGGAGUCGAUUUCUCGGGAGAAAAGCUUUACAUGACUCGAGAUUAUUUGAAAAUGAUGUGGAGAAGGCUUCGUUUCUUCGGAGAAGUGUUGGAGCGAGGAUAUAACUUCGUUUUCUCGGAUGCUGAUAUUAUGUGGUUUCGAGAUCCCUUUACUAAAUUCUCAUCCAAGGCAGACUUCCAAAUAGCAUCAGAUCGUUAUAGAAGGAAAGCAACUAAUCUCUCCAAUAAGCCCAACGCAGGAUUCAUGUAUGUUCACUCCAAUGAAAAGACAGUUGAUUUUUUCAACUUUUGGUAUCGAUCCAAGAAAGUUUAUCCCCGUAAAAAUGAGCAACAAGUGUUGAAGAUACUGAAAUGGAAAGAGUUCAGACGCAGGCGACUUAAAUUCGAAUUCCUUGACACUAAAUAUUUUGGCGGCUACUGUGAAAGAACGAAAGAUGUGAACUUUGUUUGUACCAUGCAUGCCAACUGUUGCAAAGGCUUGAAGGCCAAGGUUAUUGAUUUGAGAAAUACUCUUUCCGACUGGGAGAAAUAUAAGCAACAAGAAAAGCUAGGUAAAGGCAAGGAUGUGCUGUGGACAUCUCCAGACGCAUGUCAGCAUUCCUGGCGCCGAUGAAGACUGUUGUAAUAUUAUCAUUAUCAUUCAAUUUUCUGUACAAUUGGGGAAAA